AUGCCUAGCCAAAAACCCAGACCGGCUAUGGUCGAAGAUUUCGACGAGAGUCUGAGCGAAACUGUACCUGACUCUAGGAAGGUGGCUAAUACUGGUGCCAAAGUUUCCUCCAGGUUGGAUCAAAGAUUCCCGGAGCCGCUGAUCGACGGCGCAAGUGACUCAGGCUAUUCUAGUCGUACCGCCGCCACCGUUAAUAGCACCCAAUCUGGGCCAUCGGGCGGACGAAGUCCUCCUGCCCCUCAAAAGACCGACCUGCCCAAACGAUCCUCUGAUCUCGCCAGAAAGUCUAGCCGCAGAGACCGUAAAGACAAGGAGCGUGCUGCUCGGCCGCAAGACGAAAACAUGCAGAUGGGUCCCUACCCGGGCACUGCCCACCAUCCUCAUGCAGGCCGGUCACCGUCCAAGCCUCGUCGACGUGACUCUUACCUUCGCAACGGCCCAGAUUAUUACUACGAAAACGGCAGUCCAUAUCACCCGUCGACCCCCAUCGACUCUCGCCCCAUGGAUUACCCACCGCAUCCUUCUACCUACCGGCCCCCGCUUCCCGAUUUUCAUCAACCUCAUAUGCAACCUCACGGUAGUGCUAUGAUAUAUCCCACCGAAGAGUACCACAACAGUCGCUCCAACCGUCCUCACUCAGGGUCCUAUCGCUCAAUGUAUCAUGCGGAUCCCAGGCCCUCAUGGGCUGUAGGAAUGCCUCGUGCAUAUCAGCAACAGAUGCCAUACCCUGGUCACUCUGGAUAUGAACAUCCUCCACCGCCGCCGUCGGGAGUAUGGCAGGGCUCCUACCCUUCGUCUCCAUAUGGUGCUCCAUCCCACUUUGGACAGCAGGAAUACUACAGCCAGGAGUCCAUGUAUAACUAUCCUCCCCAUGGUCGUGAGCGUUCUGAGUCUCGCCCUCCUGAGUCACAACGGCAUCGCCGUUCUUCUGUAUACGGUGAUCCUCGUGGUCCCCCGCCACCGCCAGCGGAACCAGAUGUGUUCCCAGAAUGGGAUGAAGAGCCACCCCCGGAGCAGUAUUACUCCCGCCGGGAAUACCGUGAGAAGCCUCGUGGCCGGGCCUCGAUUGCCCCGACUGGAGACUAUGAAGACAACGACAGGAGUAAGAUGCCUCCUCCACCGCCACCAGCACCCUCGAAACACAGAGCUCCGCAGGUUCACCAACAAAGACGACCAGAACGACCGGAACCUCCAAAGCGCCAUACUGCUGCUGCCGCAGUGCCCACUACACAAGCACGUCGCUCCUCCAGAGCCUAUGAAAGAGGUCUUGACAUGAGCGAAUUGAUGGACUCCGUAAACGAGAUUGAGUAUGACGAUCGCCGGGCACAACGGGAACUCCCUGCCCCCGAACGUAGUCACAGUCUUCGUGGGAGUCGACGAUCUACUUCGUACAACGACACUGGUAGAAGCAAUGCUCGUGUAGCCGUGGCAAGCUCUGGGCGAAGACGACGCCCCGAGACGUACUAUCCCGAAGAUCGCCACAGCAUGCUUGCGGACCAGGAGGAUCUUGAAGCCGAAGCUGAGCGAUAUCAGGCUUUAAUGGCUGGCCGACCCGCCACUGCCCAACUUCCGGCAUCUCAUGAGACGCUGAUGUCCAAGAUUGGUAACGGCAGUGACAGUGGCAGUCGAAAGAGUGGAUCCGGUAGCAGUCGUGGCAGUGCCACCAGGACUGAGAAGGAAGCCCAGAAGAACAUGACCCUUCAAUUGAAUGGAAUGACUCUUGCAUUCACUGAGGAAAAUCUCGCUGGCAAAUCGAUUAGCAUCCGUACUGGUGACCAAGGUGCAACGCAUCUCAACAUCACCGACGGUACCAAACGCCCCAAGCCAUACGUUCAAGGAUCCGCCUACUCUGAUAAUACGGGCGGCAGCGGCCGCCGAGCACUGGAAAAUGGACGACGUACACGCGACGAGCGACGCUCUGAGAGGUCAGAGAAGUCAGUACACCGAUCUGGUCGUUCUGGCUACUCUCACUCACAGCGUUACCAGCUCUAA